CUUCCCAGGGGUAGAUUGCAGUGCCUUUUGAGGAAAUCAUCUUCAAUGGAAAUUGUAGCUCUUGUUCUCUCUCUGCUGCUUACCAAUGGAAUGGUUUUAAUCAGUGCAGCGACCAAUGAUCAGAAUCCACAACCAGCUCCUACUAUUCAACUCUUUGCCACUGCCUCUUCAGAUGCUGUAGAGCUUACAGAGGACCACAAAUCGAAUGGUUCUGUUCCCUUAUUCAAAACAGCAGGACGAAGCCCCCGACCCCAUCCCAUGUGCUUAGUGUCGACUGGAAUCAGAGACACUUUCAAAUACAUCAGUACUGUGGUGUCUACUCUUGUAUUCAUUGUUGGAAUAGUUGGAAAUUCAGUACUCUUGAGAAUCAUAUAUGAAAACAAAUGUAUGAGAAGUGGACCUAACAUUCUCAUUGCCAACCUUGCUUUGGGAGACCUGCUGCAUAUCGUGAUAGAUAUUCCAGUCAAUGCUUACAGGCUCAUGGCUGAGGACUGGCCGUUUGGUUUGGCGCUCUGUAAACUAAUCCCUUUCAUCCAGAAAACCUCUGUUGGAAUCACAGUGUUGAGUUUAUGUGCCUUGAGCAUUGACAGGUAUCGAGCUGUUGCAUCCUGGAAUCGAAUCAAAGGCAUUGGGGUUUCAACGUGGACAGUAGUGGAAAUAACUGUGAUAUGGGUGAUAUCAACAUUCCUGGCUGUGCCUGAAGUUGUCGGCUUUGAUAUGAUAACGAUGGAGUAUAAAGGACAGCAUCUGACAAUAUGUCUGCUUCACCCCAUACAGGCCAAUCAGUUCAUGCAGUUUUAUAAAUCAGCAAAACACUGGUGGCUCUUCGGUUUCUACUUCUGCGUACCGCUGGCUUGCACGGCUGUCUUCUACACCCUGAUGGCCCGGAAAAUGUUGAGGAAGAAUGAGAAUACCCUGGGGAACUACACCAUACAGAGACGAGAAGUGGCCAAGACGGUGUUUUGCUUAGUGCUUGUGUUUGCUCUCUGUUGGUUACCACUGUACCUGAGCAGAAUCUUAAAACUCACCAUUUAUGAUGAGGAUGAUUCUAAAAGGUGUCAGCUACUGAGUGUGUUUCUUGUCCUGGACUAUAUUGGCAUUAAUAUGGCAUCGCUGAACUCCUGCAUCAACCCCAUCGCUCUGUACAUGGUCAGCAAACGAUUCAAAACAUGUUUCAAAAAACGCCUAUGUUGUUGGUGCAUACCUCCUGAACUAUUGAUGCUUGAAGAGGUACAGUCUAUCUUGAAGUCAAAUAAGCAGGACCAGGCCUCUAUGCACAGUGACAUUAGAGCUAAUAAGCCCACCUCCACUUGAGUAAGAGGACACUUGACUGUUUAAACAAUAUAUUACUAUGACAUAGGCAUAGAUUUAUUUCUUUUUUGCUCAGUUUUAGUGUGUCAAUGGAUGUUUCUCUGUAAUAAUUUCAAAGAUGGCUUAUUUAAUGUUAUGAAUAUUUAAUUAAUGGAAUUUCAGUGUGAGGGUCUAUACAUAACCUAUAGUCUUAGGCUUUUCCUCAAUGUCUUUAUUGGUUCUGUAGACUCAGACAAUGUAAUGUACCGUCAUUAGUGGUAUAGAGUUGCUUAGCAACAAAUCCUGUGGCAUUGUCUGUUGUGAGCUUGUUAUCAGUAGAACAUCUGCUUAUGAUAUGACACACUCAGACAAAGAGAGUCAGACAGUUCUGACUCCGUUCCCUCGGGCCUUGACUCACUCCCAUCUACGUACGUCAUGUUUCACCUAUAUCAUACACACUGUAAGUUUAUGUGCCCUGGCCGGUAACAUGUUUACCUGGAAAACUUUGCCUCAAGGCACUUAGUCUUGACACAUAUCCAGCAUUACACGCUCUUACCACCUGUAAAGAGAUUACCCAAUUACAUAGAAAUACGGCUUAGUUGUUGUUGUUUUUUAAGAAGAAAUUUAAUGAGAAUUUUGAAAAAGCUUAUAACCAAAUUAGUUAUCCUAUUCAUUUUCAAAACUGUGUCAGAGAGGGCAUGACAAAUUAUUAGGACACAAAUGUAUAUUUCCGUCUCUCUGAGAGAAAGCCGUCCUCUCACAUCUUGCACCUUUAGUUCCUAAACCUAUCGCUUCGGGGACACCAGUGGAUUCUGCCUUCACCAUUGAACGACUGAUUGAUGGUGGCCUAUUUGUAAUGCAUUGUUAGAUGUGUAAUGAACGGAGACACUUUAUCAAAGACCUGUGAAUGGAAAAUAAGGAAACUGAGAUGACAGAAUGGGGUCAGAAGGAGGGGUGAGGGAAGAGCUGAGCACCUGAUGGGUCCUGUCACAGGACAAGGCAAGCACAGAUAGGAAGUAUUUCUUCCAUCCAAUACCUUAUCAAUCUAGUGAACUAUUUUAGGGCGGAAUUACAUUCCACCCCGUAACGUAUAGAAGGAAGCCUUCUAGAGAGAGAAGCUGACUUUCAACCUGUUAUGAAAAUAUCGUAAUUCUUUGUCAGGGCCAGAUCAUUUUAAUGGAAUAUAAUGAUGCUCUGUACGAUAGUUUCUGUACUGUAACUCUACCUGACUGUAUGUACAGUAUGGGAAUUAUUUAUAAGGAUGUCAAUUAAUUGCAUUUUCCUUUAUGUUUUUGGCGAUAUGAUGAUUUAAACCCAGACAUAUUAAACAGCAUCCAUGAAUCAAAUAAUGGAUAAUGCAUUUGAUUUAUGUAAGAUAUUGCUAGAAGUCACUCUUAUG